AUGAAGGCUCGAUAUCGUGGUUGCUGCUGUUGUUUUUUGAACCGCCGUUUCUUCCACCAUCCGAGUCGUCGUCAGGCUGUUGAUUAUCGCUGCCAUAUUGUCGCUCCAUCAAGCUUCGCCGUUUCUGGCUGCUAUUGGAACGGAAGAAACAUGUUGGUUUCGGUCAUGUCUGUGUUCUCAAUGUUGUUAUCAGAUCUCAUGCAUUACUUGUCUUUUUUGGCAGACAACGGAGGAGAACCACCUUGGCGGCUGACCAUGAUGGUUGUCAUUGUCAACAGGAUGUGCCGCUGUGAGCCACCAGCAGAGAUGCCGACACUCCAAAUGUUUACAUUUUUGAUGUCUGAUCCUAGAAACUUUGAUUUUCUUGGUCAAAUUCCGAUUGAAAUGUUGGAAAAGGUUCAACUUGAUAACUCCAUUGUGAAGGAGGAUAUGAAGCUAACUCUUCUGGUGUUCAACCAAUGUGUGCUAAACAUAGGAAGUUGA